UUUAUGGGGAAGACAAAGGGAGAAAGAAGAAGAGGAAGAAAAUACCAUCAAAAUUGAAAAUUAAAGGAAAAAAAAGACAGAGAGAAUGAGAGAUCGCUACAGUCUUCAUUAGGGUUUAUAAGAUCGAGAAUUUUUUUUAAUUUUCAUUUGAUAUAAAACAAAGGAUUAACGAGUUUGACUAUUGAUUUUCUCUCCCUUUUUCUUUGUAAGUCAGCUUGCAGUAUCUUCACAGCUUCCAACGAUCCAACCACCAUUAUAAUUAGUAAUCCCAACAGUUAAAUAGAGAGAGAGAAGGAUCUGAUAACCUGUAUCUAUUCCACUCUGUUCAAAAAUACUGACCUUUGCUCACUGUCAAAAUAAAAAUAAAAAAGGUACUAGCUUUUUCUGGGUUUGGGUUCUUGUUUUUGUGCAUUUAUUUCUUUCAGCCUGUUUAUUUUCUUUACUUGCACUGGAAGAUAGAGAGAGAGGGGAAAAAAAGAGAAAGAGGUCAACUGGGUUUUUUCAUGCCUUUGAUUCUGGUUAUUGCUACGUCAUAUGGUGUUUGAAUAGUGUGAAUGUGAAAGAGAUAAGCUUUGCCUUUUUGUGUAUUUGGUUUUGCUUUUUCCUUUUCUCUGUGGGUCCUUUUCAAUUUUGUCAAAUAUGCUGACAAACAAUUGGUCAAGCAUGAUGCUGUGAAAAUUUAGGGUUUUCAUAUUUGUCAGUGUUUCCAUGGAGUUUUUUCAGGGAUUUCCCUGGCUGAGACGCUGGACUUAGGUAAAGACAUAAAAGAGAAGGUGUGAACUCGUUGUUUCUUAUUAUUUUUAUUACAAGAUAAAAAGGUGGUCUCUCUUGUCCUGUUCCUCCACUGUUUUCUCUUUCUUAAACUGACUUUUUUUGAGAGAGAGAACAAUAUAUGAGUCUUUUAGAGAGAGAGAGAGAGGUGUCAUGCAUGGGCGUUGACAAGGUAGACAGCCUUGUCAUUCUGGAUUUGUUGAGAUGAAAUUGUCAAAAAAGGUUUUAGACUUUAGCUUAAUCUGGGUAUUGUUUUGUAAGGUCAAAUUAAUGGACAAGAAAGCGAAACAAAACUGAAGCACAACCUUGUGAAAGUGAUAGUGACCGUUUCAAUCAACAUAGAAAAACAGACGAUAUGAAAUAAUAGAGGGAGUGUGAGAUUAAAAAUAAUUGGUUUCUGUCUCUCUUUUUUUCCUAAUUUAAUGAGUUUUGGGGGUUUGAUCAACAGUAGUAGCAGCAGUGACAGUGGUAGUUCGGGUGCAAGGGUGGUUGUGGCUGAUUUUGUUCCACAAAACAACAUGCUAAGUUAUGCCAUUGUUGAGCCACCUCUUCUCACCCAACAUAUUCCCAUAUCUAUGCUAAGCUCUCCCUCCCUUUCUCUCUCAUAUAAAAGAAUGGAUGGUCAUGGUGAGAUGGGGCUGAUUGGGGAAAACUUUGAUCCGGGUUUUGUUGGGAGGAUGAAGGAAGACGGAUACGAGAUUAGGUCUGAAAGUGAUAAUUUUGAUGUUGCUUCCGGUGAUGAUCAGGAUGCUGCUGCCGAUGGACCGUCUAAGAAGAAGAAGUACCACAGGCACACUCCACGUCAAAUACAAGAGCUUGAAUCUUUCUUCAAGGAGUGUCCUCAUCCUGAUGAAAAACAAAGAAUGGAACUUAGCAGGAGGCUAGGCUUAGAGGGCAAGCAAAUAAAGUUUUGGUUUCAAAACAGGAGAACCCAGAUGAAGACCCAAUUGGAACGCCAUGAAAAUGUAAUUCUUAGGCAAGAGAAUGACAAACUCCGAGCCGAAAAUGAUUUGUUGAAGCAGGCAAUGACAACCCCAAUAUGCAGCAGUUGUGGUGGUCCGGCAGUGCCCGGUGAAAUAUCUUAUGAGCAGCACCAACUUAGGAUUGAGAAUGCUCGUUUAAAAGAUGAACUAACCCGGAUAUGUGCUUUAACAAACAAGUUCUUGGGCAGGCCUCUCUCAUCCUCUGGUAGUCCUAUUCCUCCUCACGGCUUAAACUCCAAUUUGGAGCUUGCAGUUGGAAGGAAUGGUUUUGGUGGCCUGAACAAUGCAGGAACGUCCUUGCCAAUGGGAUUUGAGUUCGGUGAUGGGUCUAUGAUGUCCAUAGUGAAACCUAUGGUCAAUGAAAUGCAGUAUGACAGGUCAGCCUUUGUAGAUGUUGCUUUGUCAGCAAUGGAUGAAUUAAUUAAGAUGGCGCAGAUGGAUAAUCCUCUUUGGAUUAAAGGUAUGGGUGGUGGGAUGGAAUCCUUGAAUGUUGAGGAGUACAGGAGGAAUUUCUCCUCUUGCAUUGGCAUGAAACCGAGCAGCUAUGCAACUGAGGCUACAAAGGCAACUGGACUGGUUUACCUUCGUGGCUUGGCUCUUGUGGAGGCACUGAUGGAUGCGAAUCGUUGGGUAGAAAUGUUUCCGUGCAUGAUUUCUAGAGCAGCAACCAUUGAUGUGCUAUCCAGUGGCACGGGUGUAACCAGAGACAAUGAGUUGCAAGUGAUGGAUGCUGAAUUUCAAGUGCUUUCACCUCUGGUUCCUGUCCGUCAAGUGAGAUUCAUCCGGUUUUGUAAGCAGCAUUCCGAGGGUGUGUGGGCUGUGGUUGAUGUUUCAAUUGAUCCCAGCCAAGAUGCUACAAAUACACAGAUGUUUCCAAACUGCAGGAGGCUUCCCUCUGGCUGUGUUAUCCAAGAUGUGGAUACUAAGUGCUCCAAGAUUACAUGGGUUGAACACUCGGAGUAUGAUGACAGCGCUGUCCACCAUCUCUUACAGCCGUUACUCAGUUCAGGUUUUGGCUUUGGUGCGCACAGGUGGCUGGCCACUCUCCAAAGGCAGUGUGACUGCAUGGCAAUACUUAUGUCACAAGACAUCCCUGGGGAAAAUAAUACAGGAAUAACACCAGCUGGGAGGAAAAGCAUGAUCAAGCUUGCACAGCGCAUGACAUAUAACUUCUGCGCUGGAGUUUGUGCAUCGAGCGUUCAUAAAUGGGACAAGCUUAGUGUUGGUAAUGUUGGCGAAGAUGUCAGGGUGAUGACCCGGAAGAAUAUAAAUGAUCCUGGUGAGCCACACGGGGUUGUGUUGAGUGCUGCUACUUCUGUUUGGAUGCCAGUAACUCAAGAACGGCUGUUUGAUUUCUUGCGGGAUGAACGGAUGCGAAGCGAGUGGGACAUUUUGUCCCAUGGUGGGCCAAUGCAAGAGAUGGUGCAUGUUGCCAAGGGAAUGGGUCAUGGUAACUGUGUGUCUCUCCUUCGUGGUAGCGCCAUUAAUGCAAAUGAGAACAACAUGCUAAUUUUACAAGAAACAUGGAGUGAUGCCUCUGGUGCAUUAGUAGUUUACGCACCUGUUGACAUAUCAUCAAUGAGUGUGGUGAUGAAUGGUGGGGAUUCAACAUAUGUGGCACUCUUACCAUCCGGAUUUGCAAUUCUUCCUGGUAUUUCACCAAGUUAUCAUGGUGGGCGAAGCGAGUCCAAUGGAGCAUUGGUGAAACCUGAAAUUGAUGGAAGCAUAGUCAGUGGAUGCCUACUUACUGUUGGUUUUCAGAUUUUGGUCAAUAACGUUCCUACUGCUAAACUAACAGUGGAGUCGGUGGAAACUGUGAACAAUCUCAUCUCCUGCACUAUUCAAAAAAUCAAAGCUGCCUUAACAGUAACAUAGUAGGAGCAGCUGAGGUACUCCAUAGUUAAUUUUAUAUUUAUGUUUUUUUUUUUUUUUUUUGGUGAAAGGAAAAAAACAGCCGAUAGAUAUUGAGGUGGAGAUGAUAGUUGGCGAAAAGUAGGGUUAUAAGUCAAGAACGAACCACUCGCAGAGGGUUUUUGUUUCCCAUGGAUCUUAAACAGCAAACAUGUUAGGUAUAUAUAAAGCCAGGGGGAUUCUGGUUCGGGCAUUGACUUGGUCGACCUGUGAGAUGGUCUAAGUGGGUAAAAACAUGUUUUGUUUUUUUUUUUGGGUUAAUUAGUCAAGUUAUAGAGAAGCACAAUUGCAAGACUGGUGUUUUGAUUUUUGUGUUUUAAAUGAUGAUCAAAAUCAAGGGUCAGUUGUCUUUACUUUUGUUUUGUGAACAGUGUUUUUAAUAUAGUUUUCUUUUUAAA